AUGAGUUCAUCCUCGUCCUCAUCGUCGUCGGCCUCCGACAACUCCGACGCCGGGUCUGGCCUUCCUCAAGGGCUCGACUUCUUCGACAUCUCCCUGGUGGACGGCUUCAACGUGCCCCUGGACUUCCUCCCCGCCGGCGACGGCUCCGGGUGCCCCAAGGGCGGGCCGCGGUGCGACGCCGACGUCACGUCGCAGUGCCCCGCCGCGCUGCAGGCCCCCGGCGGCUGCGACAACCCUUGCACCGUGUUCAAGACCGACGAGUACUGCUGCACCGGCUCGGCGGCGAACAGCUGCGGGCCCACCGACUACUCCAGGUUCUUCAAGGGGCUGUGCCCGGACGCCUACAGCUACCCCAAGGACGACGCCACCAGCACCUACACUUGCCCCGGCGGCACCAACUACAACGUCGUCUUCUGCCCAUAA